UGGGAACACUGUCCUCCAUCAUCACGAAUGUAUACAGGUCCCGCUCCAGUCCACAUACAGACAGAGGACAUGACACGUGUUCUCUAGUGGCACUUGCACUGUGUAGUUAUGAUGAUGGGACACCUGCCUGCCCUCCAUCAUCAUCAAUGUAUACAGACCCUGUUCCAGUCCAAAUACCGACACAGGACGUGACACCUGUUCUCCAGCGGCACUCGCACUGUGCAGUUAUGACGCCACCGGUCAAUCCGGCCCAUCCUUGUGAUGACGAGACUCACGCCGACCCACGCAAGGACUUCCUAUUGAUACGGCCACCAAUCCACCACAAACAAAUUAGGAAAUAAUUAAUUAAUUAAUUACCACAUGACGGCGCGUUGACGAGUAGUUAUGUAGUUAUGGAUCCGUACCGGCGACCGGCUGCUAAACCCUCCUCCGUGCCCCUGGACGGAUUCCAACCGGCGACCUCGACCUCAAGAGCCGAGUCUCUUAACCCUUACAACUACAGCCAGGACACGGCGUGCAAAAGCGGAACCAUACCCAUAGCAUACCGCCCAUGAUAUCCACCCCACCCCUGCAAGGCUGCAGUGUCCAACUUGUCACACACCAUACUCAACACCCACGAACAUCUCUCGCACACUUCGCUCCAAUCAAUACGUAACCCCCACUGGUACUUCGCCCGCUCACUUCUCCGGGAUACCUUACGCUGUGCUGCCCGGUAGUUCAGUGACAUUAGCAAACGCUAAUGCAACACUCGCCCCUGGAAUUGCAUCGCUCUGCGAUUUCCACACCUGCCAAAUUGCAUCGUGGCCGACGACAAAACAUCAUUACGUCAAGAUGUCAUACCACAACGGGCCCGAUGCAACGCUCUGUCGACCACGGCCGACGCCCCUUGUUUGAAAUUCCGAAGCAGGCAAGUGGGCAAGUGGUGGAGUCUACCCGUGCUGAGUCAGCAGUCCCAGUCCCAGUCCCAGUCGCAGUCCCAGUCCCAGUCCUGGGAAUUGCAACGGUCUGUCGAACACGGCCGACGCCGUGGAAUGACAUCGGGCACUGCGGAGUGCCCACCUCUACGAAGUCCAUUGGCUACGUGCAUCGAACCUACCCUCCGGAACGAGACCCGCGGAAGCCACAAUUGAUCAAUGUUCGGAUGGAUAUUGUGGCCGAAGCUCGCGAGCGUGUCAAGGACACAUCAUCCUUCGUGACCUUUCAACAGCAGGAGCUCGAGGUGCUGGUGGCGACUGCACAGACGCCUUGGUGCGACGUUUGCCGGAGAUUCUUUCAUCUUCCGGCCACUUGUCCACGCAAUCGCUCUCGGGCUAGGCAGUAUAGGGGCCACUCCCCAGAUACUGGGAAUAGGCGCUCACAAGGGAACGGAUCAGCUUCCUCAGCAACUUCAACUCCGCUAGCAAGCGAGGAGUUUUCAUCUUCAGUGGCGGGAGGUUUUGUCGGCAAUAGUGAUGGUUUUGGGGAUGCUAGAGCGAAUGGCAAGGAGGACGACGAGGACAGACGGGGAUCAAGGGGUAAUCAAAGUGGUAGGGAUAAUGGUCGAGGUGGGGGCAGGUCGUCGGCGGAAGGGGGCUCGUGGAGAGGUACCAGUAACAGAGACGGCAGCAAUCAAGGUGGCGAACAUAGGCAGGGCAGGGGAACUGGUGCUGAAGGAGGGAGGUCGACAAAUAAUUCAAGACCUCCGCUCCCCACCCACCGGGGUCCGCUCCCCUCCCCGGGGGGCGUAGUCGGGGGAGGAGAGCAUCCGGAUGAUCAGUCAAGGGUUAACCCUCUUUUUGGUCUUCCUGCGGAAUACACGCCGGGGAAUAGUCAAUCCGGCUUGAUCUCCGUUGAUGCAGCAGCAGUUCUGGCAGGCCUCGGUCGUAAGCCAGGAGUUUCCUUCGGUAAUCACCCGCAGGCGAAUGGUGCUGACAACGGUACUGCAAGUGGCCAAGGGGACAUGAGUCAGCAUACGCCUCCGCCCAAUAAGUUGACACCGGAAUCUGGGCGGCAGGGAAGCAGAACGCCAACGAAGAUGAGUCGACUCACCGAAGACCUUUCAAGACCGUCAAUAUCGAGACCUGUAGAACACGAAGAUUCUGAUCAACUCUCAGGAGGAGGGGUUCCUGGAUUGGAAGCUGUAGGGUAGAUUGUGGAUUCGGAUACGGAUAUGUGGGGACGGUGGGUGUGGAUUAAAUUUCGCUCCUCCAACUUUACCUGGGCAGUAAUGACUGUCUACCACCCUGCAGAAAAGGAAGAACGACAUGCUUUUUUAGAAUUACUGUCAGAUGUUAUCCCUGUUGAAGACAAGAUUAUUCUAGUCGGUGACUGGAAUAUUGCGCUGGACGAUGAAAAUCCUGCCCUUUCAAAUAGGGAGUUUGGUAAGGAAGUUGAUGCGCUGUUAAAACUGGCCUUGGACUUUGACUUGGUGGACCCCUUUCGCUUGUUGCAUCCAAAUGAGCCGCGGGAUAUACCUGGUGUUCGUCGCAGCGCCAAGGUGGAAGAGCUGUUGCAUCCAAAUGAGCCGCGGGAUAUACCUGGUGUUCGUCGCAGCGCCAAGGUGGAAGAGCUGUUGCAUGCCGUCGGCUAGAUGAUUUUCUGAUUUCAGAAUGCCUCUGGCAGGACACAAUGGAGGUAAGAUGUCUUGCAGCACAUCGUUGCGAUGUCUUAGCAACACAAAACG